AACUCAGUCGUGAUGCUGCUGUUUGUGUUGCUAAAUCCCCCGGAGUCCAGUUAAGAAAUGGGCAGCUGUCUCUUUAAGUGUGAUUUCCUUCUAUUGUAUUUGAAUCGUGAUCAGGAAAAAGGAAAUGAAACCAGAGACUCGGGGCUGAGCUAAAUAAUAAUAAGGAUGAUGCUGAUCUCUGCAUCUGCGGCAUAUGCACCUAUCUCAGUCUAGAGCAUGUACAGAGCUGUCCAGGCAGAAGGCAUAAGCAAAGCAAAGGGGACUCCAGGGUAAGCAGCAGUGACAGCUGAGACAGUCUGUUUCCAUCAGUGAUCUGAACAGCAGCAGCAGCAGCAGCAGCUGGGGCUGCCCAGCCACGCAGCAAACAGGAGGAGCAUUGCAAGGAUGGGAGGAGGAAAUCCUGUGAAUGUCAUUGGGGGGUGGAGGGGAAACUCAGCUGGUGAAAAGGCAUCAGGAGCAGACAGCCUUUGUAAGGGCAGAGCGGGCAGAUCCUACCAGAGACACACUACAAAGGAACGAGCCCUGCCAAUGUCAUCAGCCAUCGAGAGGAAAAGCCUCGAUCCUUCCGAGGAGCCAGUGGAUGAAGUGCUCCAAAUCCCCCCUUCACUGCUGACAUGUGGAGGUUGCCAGCAGAACAUUGGGGACCGUUAUUUCCUGAAAGCCAUCGAUCAGUAUUGGCACGAGGACUGCCUCAGCUGUGACCUGUGUGGAUGCAGGCUUGGAGAGGUGGGGAGACGAUUGUACUAUAAACUGGGCAGGAAACUCUGCAGGAGGGACUAUCUCAGACUUUUUGGCCAAGAUGGCCUUUGUGCUUCCUGUGACAAGCGAAUCCGGGCCUAUGAGAUGACUAUGCGAGUGAAGGACAAAGUAUACCACCUGGAAUGCUUCAAAUGUGCUGCUUGUCAGAAACAUUUUUGUGUCGGCGACAGAUACCUCCUCAUCAACUCAGACAUAGUAUGUGAGCAGGACAUCUAUGAGUGGACUAAGAUAAACGGGAUGAUAUAGCCAGGACAUGCCACAUAGGCAUCAAGAGGUAUCUUCUGGGUGGCACAAAUGCAGAGCUGCAAUGAGGAAAUAAUCACUCAAACUAUGUGCUUUGUCUAAACUGGGAGGGAAAAGACCACAGUGUAGGCCCUUUUGAGACAGUGCUACAUGGAAUCUAAACUACAAGCAAUAGCAAAUAGACUGACUUCUAUUAGCAAAGGCGUAUUGACAAUAACUGACAUUAUCAGCCAUGUAGGCGAGAGUUGGGGAGCAAAUACAUUGUGAUAAUGGAUUCUCAUAACUGGAAAUGCAGUAAUGACUUGUUGAGUAAAGAGACAUUAUGACUUUGACACUCGCAGACUAGGAUUGUGCAAUUGAUUUUUCUUCCCAUCUUUUCUAGUUACUCUGUUUAGACAAUAGUUUCCAAUAUAGAUAUAAGGAAGGACACUGGUGAUGAAGAGUCAGUCAGAGUCUCCAAAGCCUUAAGCUUUGUGCAGGAGAGUAAAUGGUUCUUUUGCAUGGAAAUCUCUCCCUCUCCCCUGAGAAUGAAAAGUGCACCAUCUAGCCCCAAACAAUUAUUUCAAUAAAUUCUCAUGAAUAGCUGUUUUCAAGCAGCACUGUUUGAAGGUGAGAUGCUCCAUAGAUCAUUUCUGUACAAAUAUAAAUCUAAAGAGUUGUUCAACUAUUUUAUUAAUUUAGAUUAUAUCAAUAAACUAUUUGUUUUGUGUGUCGUACAAACCUGAAUGCUUUAAUAAAAACAACAGAAGGUUU